CGCAAAAUUAUCAGUUUGAGUUUUAAGAAGUUUAGGCAUACAACUUGAGAUCUCGCUCGCUUUUUUACUUCUUCACUGUUGGUGCUUUCACGAAAAUUUACGAGUCAGCAAACAUUCGCGCUGUAUUAUUUCGUUCUAUUUUCCGGCUCAUUUAACGCGGGCGAUCGCAUUUUUGAGCAAUUUCAAGUGAACAAAAUAAAUCGCUGCAUUAUUUUCUUUUAUUUUUUUUUGGGCUCUUGAUUCUUUGUCAAAGUAAUCGAAUUAUAUUUAUUUGGAACAAAACCGAAAACAAUUUAACCGAAACGAAAGAAAAGUUGGCACGAAUCAGUCCAAAUCGUUCAAGAUGAAGUGUAUUUUGGUGGUUUUUGCAAUCGUUGCUCUAUCUGUAUCUAAUGCCAUUCCAAUCGAGCUCGGACAUUAUGCAUCGCCCAUUUAUGCACCAGUUGCUAAAGCCAUACUACCUGAACCAGUC